CGCUGUCUCGCGCUUCAUCAGCGAAAUGACACAUUUUAGGAAGUGGUUUCAGAGAAAUGUUCAGCUGCGUUUUGACAGAAAGGGACAUAAAAUCUCAGCUGAUCCGGUGGAUAAUGGGAACAAUCACAGCGUUCAUCUGGAGACAUGGCGUCCACUUUCUUUGAUGUGCUGUGCAUUUGUCCAAUAAAGCACGCAGACAAACUGACACAUGCACACAGAGCACUUGUUGGUUGUGUUUCCCGUGCAGGGAAAGAGGAAAAACAGGACGAAACAGACAGCACCUCCCAAAGGUCAAUGAGUGACAUUUAAAGCAGAGGAAUAAACGUAAUCGCUUUGUGGUCUCUCUUCCCCUUGAGCGAUGGACCGGCCUCUUCUGGGACGAGUAUCAGCUGUCAGCCGGGCCUGCUGCUCCUACAGCACCCUGAAGGCCUGGCUGCCCAUCCUCUCCUGGCUGCCCAGGUACAAGCUGAAGUGGCUUCAGAUGGACCUGCUCGCAGGCCUCACCGUCGGGCUCACGACUGUACCGCAGGCGCUGGCUUAUGCUGAAGUGGCCGGCCUUCCCGUGCAGUACGGACUCUACUCUGCCUUCAUGGGGGGCUUCAUCUACGCCCUCUUGGGGACCUCUAAGGAUGUGACGCUGGGUCCCACGGCCAUCAUGUCCCUCCUGUGUUUCUCCCUGGUGGGGGGGCAGCCACACCGGGCUGUGCUGCUCAGCCUCCUCUGUGGACUCAUCCAGGCUGUAAUGGCAUUACUGAGAUUAGGUUUCCUGCUGGACUUCAUCUCUUUCCCUGUAAUAAAGGGCUUCACUUGUGCUGCUGCGGUAACCAUUGGCUUUGGCCAGGUCAAGAAUAUUCUGGGACUCCAGGGCAUUCCCCAAGAGUUCUUCCUGGAGGUUUAUUACACCUUCUACAAGAUCCCAGAAGCCAGGAUAGGUGAUGUGGUACUGGGCCUUCUAUGUCUCGCUCUGCUGGUCAUGUUGUUGUAUAUGAAGACGAAUCUGGGCUCCGACGACACUCCUUGCUCCACCUACUCCAGACUCGCCAGGAAACUAGUGUGGACUGUUGCUACCAUGCGUAACGCUCUGGUGGUCGUGGCUGCUUCCUUCGUUGCAUUUUCCUGGGAUGCUUAUGGUCACCAUGUGUUUACAAUCACUGGGAAAACUUCCCAGGGGCUCCCACCGUUCAGACCCCCACCCACCUCAGACACCACAGCCAACGGCAGCGUUGUCUCCUUUGGAGAGAUUGUAGAGGGCUUUGGAGGAGGGCUUGCUGUGAUUCCCUUCAUGGGUCUGUUGGAGAGCAUUGCUAUUGCUAAAGCUUUUGCCAGCCAGAACGACUACAGAAUUGAUGCCAACCAAGAACUGCUGGCGAUAGGUGUGACCAACAUCAUGGGUUCCUUUGUGUCAGCCUACCCUGUGACUGGCAGCUUUGGGAGGACAGCGGUGAACUCUCAGACUGGUGUUUGCACUCCAGCUGGAGGGAUCGUCACCAGUGUGAUAGUGUUGCUUUCCCUGGCGUUCCUCAUGCCAGCCUUCUACUACAUCCCCAAAGCUUCUCUAGCUGCUGUUGUCAUCUGUGCGGUAGCUCCCAUGGUGGAUUACCAUGUCGUGACUAAGAUUUGGAGGAUACGCAAACUGGACCUGCUGCCUUUCACUGUGACAUUCCUGAUGAGUUUUUGGCAGGUGCAGUACGGCAUUGUAGGAGGUGUAGCUGUAUCUGGAGCCUUGCUGUUGUACAACAUGGCAAGACCACAGAUAAAGGUGUCUGAUCACGGUGUGCUGGUGAUGGAGUUGGGCAGUGGACUCAGCUUUCCUGCCACAGAGUACCUCAGCAGCAUCAUACACACUCAGGCUCUGCAGGCGUCUCCUCCACGGUCAGUGGUCCUGGAUUGCCACCAUGUCAGCAUCAUAGAUUACUCAGUGAUCAGUGAGCUCAGUGACCUGCUGAGGCAGUUCAAACUACGUGAAGUGCGACUGGUCUUUUCCAGAUUGCAGCCCUCUGUUCUGGAGGUUCUACUAGCAGCGGAUCUGCAGGGCCUCAGGUAUACAGACAGUGUGGAGGCAGCGCUGCAGAUGGAGUCGGGAGCAUCCUCAAUGACUGACACAAAAACCGUCCAAUCACAGACUGAAGAGGAUGUUUGAGGCGGGGGAGAGGCAAUGCAGCGACAACACUGAUCAGUGACAUUUCUGAUCUGGGGUUAUUGGGGCUGUUAUGAAGUUGAUAGUAAUGAACUACCUCCAACAACUGAUUUUCUGGCUGUAAGGUGUACGGUGACUGCCAGUGAUGCCCCUCUUUUUCCUGUCAAAGGAAAAUGUUGCACUGAACUUUACAUGUGUUAAACUUGACUUUGGAAAUUAUUGUGGAAUCUCAACACUACAAUACCAUCACACAACAACAUUGGACCAGAACUCGAAUACUGGGUUUUAUAGCAUUUUGUAUGCUGUUGAAGGACAUUAUAUGUAUAUAUGUAUAUAUAUUUUUUUUUUCUUUUUUUUUUUCUAACAAAUAAUGUUUUAAGGCUGAAGC